AACACUAAUAACCAACAUACGCAGAAAUGGGAUUCCUCUCCGAAUUCAUAUCGGUGCUGUCACUGAGCUUGAGCAACAACUCGAGUUGGGUGUACUUUGCCGAUUGGAUAUUGGCGUUCAUGGUAGCGUUGGCGUUUGUAUUCUAUUUCAAUCGUCUUGUGGGGUUUGUGUUGUCUUGUUCAUUGCAGAUGCUUCUUUGGAAACAUUACCGCGUGGACGUGAGUGUGGAGGCGGUGCGGGUGCUGUUUCUAGGAGGACGUAUCUUUGCCAAGAACCUUGUGGUGAUCACCGAAGAUUACACGAUAUCUAUCCUCAAUCUCAAUUUAACUUGGAGAUAUUGGAUUCUGCAAUUGACACGAUUACCUGAUUACUAUCUUACUCUUGGCGAAGAAGUAGAGAACGGGAAGCUCCCCUCGCGGUUCACUUUACUUUUGGAAGGUCUAGAAGUGUUCUAUUACAACCGUACCGUAGCAUAUGAUCAUAUGAGUGAGUUCCUUUCGAAGGAAACCGACGAGGAAUUACGGAAACAAAGUCGUUCUGUCAAUAUACCACAGAAUAUGUUUGAAAAGGGGCUUGAAAAUGACGGAGUAAGACGUCGAAACAUGAGCAGUACCAGCGAUAAAAGUAGCUAUUCUUCAAGUCAUGGGACCGGUGAAACCAUCAUUGAGGGGGACAUAACCAUGGACCAUAGUUCCAAGGAGUCACCACCUCCACCGGCUUCUGCUACUGCUUCAUCCGAGUCCUCAUCAUCGGAACUGUAUUUCAAGUUUCUACUUAAAAUCUUACCUCUCUCCAUCCGGAUCAAAAAGGGAACGUUGGUGUUGGGAAAUGCCACCACUCCAACGAUAUUGGUGGCCAGUUGUAGAUCGGCCGAUUCCUUGAUAGACAUUUCCAAGGCACCCAACGAACUAGACAAGUACAGACAGUUGCACAACUUCCAGUUUCACAAUCUUUCUGUUUCCAUGAAACCAAAUGUUUCUUACGAUCGACUGAAAGUUCAUUCAUCAUCAUACCACCCUCAGCCGGAACAACAAUUACCACUUAAACGGAAAAUGUCCACUGCAAACUUGAAACGUCGUCGGAAGUACAAGACAUGGUACAAGUUUGAGAAAUCUGUAGGGGUUUUGUUUGACCGGUUGGCAAUAUGGCGUGGUGGCCCACGACACAACGAGACUAAUGACGUCUCAUACAAGAACUGGCGAGGUUUACAACGGUAUGUGGGGGAUAGUCCGAUGAAAAUCACACACACGGAUGCAUACAUACAUUUUGCUGGAGGGGUUGAAGACGAAUACGCCCGGUAUAGCUCUAUUUUGGACUCACCAGCCACACGGAUCAACUAUUACUACGACCUACCAGGGAUUGUACCGGAAACUGGCACUCCUACCCAGCUGAAUACCCAGCCACCGGGGUUUGGUGUAGACAUUGAAUUAUCAAUGGCUACAAUCCAUUACGGACCAUGGGCAGAUAAGCAAAGAAUUCCCUUACAGACCAUGUUCUUCCCGACGUUAUACAGAGACUCUGAGCCAAGCGCUGCUCCAGGUCCGGGAGAAUUGAGAGUAUACAAGGGUUUUGACGUGAUGUUGGAAGUGAAAGAUGAACUUCGGUUCAGAGUACCGACCCGUGAACCUAGUAAGGAUCAUACCGUGUAUUUGAACAAGGGUGAAGACCCAAAGAAAAAUGAUAGCAAGAGUAAUAAGAAACGAAGAAAGAAGACAAAUGAUGCUAACAAUAACCAGACUACUACCAACCCUUAUGACAACAAUAAUGAUCUGAACGUGGACGAUGAAACUUCCACUGUCCAUGGUAUCAGGCCGUUUGGUUGGCUAGAGUUGAAAAUGUAUGCCGGGUCGAGCAUCUUAUCCCACACCUCGUUUAUUGCGUCCGAACUUCAUGGCUGGCCCAAUUGUUUGGACGUUAAUUUCAUGAACCCCGAGGUGAGAUCGUCUGUAAAUCAUGAUAUUUUAUUCACAGCAGACUUCCAUAAUAUGAAUUGUAAUGUCGGGUUCCCCUUGAAAUGGAAUGGGAAAUGUAACUGGGAGUUCAAAAACAAGAGUAAGAAUGCCAAUAUUUAUUUCUUGAGAGAGCAUGCCAUGUUACUUUCAGAUAUAUUUACAGACUUUGGUGCUGGUCCAGGUACCCCAUACGAACUUUUCAGACCCUUCCAUUACCAAUUCAAUUGGAGUGUUGAUGGAUACAAACUUUAUUUGAACGUCAACGACGCAAACAUCAUUGAUAACCCAUUGGAUUUCAAUAAUAACAAGUACUUCUCGUUUCAAGGAGACCACUUGAAGCUAGCUGCAAGCAUCCCUAUGAAUGGAACAUUCAGUAAAUCAAAUACAAUCAAGUUUAGUUUCCAGACAUCCUUCUUCAAACUCAUCUUGGACACCCCAGAGUGGCACACAACCAAUGCCUUUAUGGAACAAACUAAGGACGUUGGUAGGGCCAAUAAUUUCUCCAUUGACGGGUCAUACACAUACUUUGAUUCGGUUGAAAUUAAUACUUCAAAUUUCAUAGUCAUCAAGUGUUUGGGUGAUUAUGUUACCCUUCAAUGUUAUGGGUUUGUUGUGCGGUACCUUUUAACGAUCCGAGAAAACUAUUUUGGUGAUAAUAUCCAUUUCCAAACUUUUGAGGAGUACUCCAAUAAGACUGCACAAGAUGAUGAAGACUUUAGCUAUAAUGGUGCGUCAACGCUAAGCGACACUGACAGUAGCAAUACAGUUGGUUCCGAUUAUAGCUACUGGCGUGUGGCAAAGAUUGAAAAUGAUGUCGAUGUCUUAUUUCAAUUUCUGGUGAGACAAGGAUUGGCCAUUCUUCCCUACAAUAUUUAUGAUUCUACUUCCCACAUCGCCUUGAGAUUCGACUCAUUGGAUGUGGAUCUUAGAUUUACCAACUAUUAUAUGGAUUUACAAGCAGACAUCACUCCUAUUACUGCAGUAUUUGUCAAGGAACCUCAGGGAGAAUCUAUAAUGUAUGACAUUCCCGCCUACACGAAAAAGUAUUUAACCAAGCCAGAGUUGACUAUUGAUGGACUAGCUAUUCAUGGCCAUAGAAUGUUUGGCUUACCACCAGUGGAGCCUACGUACUAUUGUAAAUGGGAUAUUUCAGCUGGAGAAAUUUUAUUCGAUACAGAUGGUUCAUUUUUGAGUUCCUUGGGGUCCUGUGUCGGUAAAGUUGGCCUUGGAUAUAAAGAUUUGGAAAAUGAAUUGAUUAUACAUAUCCCAACUCUUUACGAUGUUACACAUUUCUGUUUUAGUUGUCCUCUGCUACAGUUUCUUUUGAAAUGUCAACCUGAAUUGGAAGACUCCAUGGUGCUCAAGUUGGAUAUUGAGUCGGUGUUGUUGACAUUUAAUGAUCUAGCUAAUGAUCGGUACUCCAGUAAAUUGACCUUGAAAAUCCCCAUGAUUCGUGCAUACAUGCUAGAAGGACAAAAGAUAAUGGCAUACGCUCAAACAUCAAUUAAUGUCAAUAAUUUUUGUCAGAAGGAAUCGUUCUUGGAUCAUAGACGCUUACAACAAGAACAUAUCAGAAAGAAUGAUGCUCCGUUCCAUAGAUGUCCAUUCUUGUUGUAUGAAACAGAGAGGGACCGCACAUACAAUGAAGCUUAUGGGUGUUUUAUCACCUCCUUGUCGCUUCCAGAUGUUCCAUACCCGUUAAACAAGGAUACCAGGAACAUAGACCUGCCAUUCGACUCUGAAUAUACAGAUCUUGAUGGUGAAGUCUCAGAAUGCUCUUCGCGUCUGGAUUGGUCACUGGAUUUUGACGAAGACUUUAAAAUGAAGCCCCUGACUGAUUACGAUCCAGUAGAUUUUUGUCCUGAUUAUGAGGUAGACCCGAAGUAUGAGUACGAUAAUUUUAUAGUGGAGCUUGAUGCUGUGCAAUCGUUCGUAUCCCCACAGGCAUUGUACCCCUUGGCGAAACUUUUGCAAUCGUUCCAUGACUCAGACUUGAAUUCAUUAAUGGAUACCUUACAUUUAGAUCUCUUGGAGAAACUAAUGGAAUUAUUGGAUCCCAAGAGUACUGUGAAAAAUUUGAGAUUGGUGUUACAGGAAUGUAACAUUAAAAUUGGAGAGUUUGCUAUAAGUGAUCCUAAAGAGGUCUUUGAAGCAUCCCCUCGAGUACCCUGUGUCAAUGUAAUUAUUAGCGAACCUUCGGUGGCUCUUUCUGUGAAAAGAACCAAUGACCGAGUAAAUAAUGACUUGGUUUCUUCUGAAUCGUUAUCUGCCGCGUUUCAUAUUAAGGAAGUUUUAGUUUCUAUUUCCAAUCCAAAUGAUUUCGUUCUUGCAUCUUCGUUCAACUUGGGAAAUAUCGAGUUUUGGUUUACUAAAAGUGAAGAUUGUGCAGCUGUAUGUUCCACCUCCAUAGACAAAACUGAAUUAUCUAUAUCAGACUCACUGCUUGAAUGGUUAACUGAAUACAUUUUGCAUUUAUAUAGGGAAUUGAAACCUUCAUUCCCGGAAUUUAAAAAGAUUAAAGAUAUACAACAACGCAACAUUGCUGAAUUGGUCUAUCAAGUUUCUACAGGAGGUAAGGAAUAUCAUAUCGAUCAUGAUCCAAGUGUAUUGACUAAGCCAGCCUAUGUUCUUAGACCUUCCAAGGAUCAUAUUCGAUUCCAUGACUCAUGGAAACUUCUUACCCGUCUUCGGCAUGUGUUGAAUAACCUUCCCACGACAUGGAGCGAAGAGCUCCACGAGUCACUUAUGAACUAUAAAUGGGCAGCUCCUGCCAGUGCAUAUAAUGAUGUAUUAUCCAUCUUUUCUCACUGGAGAGCAUGGGAAGUCGGUGACAUUUCUCGAAGUUAUUUCUUUAAACAUAUUUUCCCCCUCAAUGAUGUUGAGAUUCCAAGAGAUAACUUGAACCUUGAUGGUCGGGUUGAUCUUGGGAAUAUUUCGUUUAGAAUCAUGGGUGAGAACAAUGCACUCGAUUUCAUCGAAUUGCAAGGACUCUCCGUUGCCAUAGGGGCACUUGACAUAAAACAAGCGGAUUUAUCUUAUCUUGGUCACGGUGUGGUACCUCUAUUACAAAGUAUUGAAUGUGUUUUGAAUGUAUUUGCAUACAAGAGUAAGGUUUCCACAAUUACAUUUGAUAUGAUUCCAAGAUUAAUGAAAUUAAUUGAUGGUGGAAAGAAGGAGUCAACAGAAGAAUUAACAGAACCAAAUGUUCUUCUCGAAGAUGGUGCGAAGUCUGGGUCUUGCCUUGAAUUCAACCUUGUGGUUGGAGUGGGGAAUUUCCAACAACAGCUUCUUUUGCCAUAUUCCUCGCUCGACUUGCGUGCACACUCAGUGGUAAUCACAUCCAAGAUUUCCAUCUUGAGCGAUUUUCAUGGUGUACCAUUUUCCUUCAGCAGUCAAACAGAAGAAAGUAGUUUAGAUUUUUGGGGAGAAAAUCAAAUUAUGGCAAAUUCUAUAGAACAAUUUAAUAUGCUGGUUGCCAACUGUGGGACUUUGGAAGAUGGAGUUAAGGUAUCGCGGAUUGGAGCGAAAAGGAUCUCGAUGUUGAUGACUGAAGAAGAUCUGUGCUUGGUCGAUGUAUUGAAAUGUAUCAUGGACCAGGAUGUUCCUUACUUAGAAGCACUUCUAGCCGAUACCGAGUCUACAGAAGAAGAUACAUUGGAUAUCCCAACUCCAUCAACUUCAACCUCCGCAGAGGAAUAUCUCUUGAAGAAAUUGGGCGAAGCCUCCUUGGAUGUACUGAUUGAUGAGAUUGUAUGGGCAAUUGAUCUUCUAUAUCCAUUAGGUUUGAAAGGUUCGUUGUAUUCAACCAAAUUUUCCGUCAAUCUAGUUGAUGAAGCCAUGUUUCUCAACUCUGUAAUUCAGAAAAUAGACUUCCAAUUAGGUAUCUUACGACGGAGUGUGGUUAGAAUCGAAAACUCCCAAAUCAGAACCACCGUAAAGUUUACCGAAACUUCAACGUUGUUACUUGCAGCAGCGAAUAUGAACAUGGGAUUCACGAAAAUAACUAUUCCACAAAUUUUCCAAGCAUUGCAACUAUGUCUUGUCAAUACUACUGUCAUUGAAACAAGAAUCAAUAACUUGACAGCGUUGCUUCCCCAAAAUACGAAACCUCUGAAGGAUGUUUCCACCAAGACUCCGAAUAAACCUUCAAAGUCAUUUGCAUUUAAAUGUAAUUACAAUAACGAUUACAUAGGAGUUUCAACGUUCUUCGAAAAGACAAAACUUUCGUUCGAAUUAGAAGGCUUUUCGCUUGGGACAUACAACGUAGCACAUCUUGAUAGUACAGAUUCCAAGAGUGCCUACAUUGUAGUGCCAAUUUUCGGCGAAGUUUCCAUUCCAACUGCAAGAUUGUCUGUACUUGACCGAAGUAUUCCAGUUGGAUUAUCAAGCAUUAUUGACGUGAGUGUUACACUCAAGGUGUUGAACAGUAAGAAAGAAACUGACAAGCUGCAAUCAUUACAGAUCGAGUCGCAAUAUUGCCGGAUAUGUCUCAGUCCUCCGGCAUUAUUCCGAAUUGUUAGUUUUGUCGAUCAACUGGUGGCUGUGAUGGAUGAAGUCACAUCGAAAUUGCCAGAGAAGAAAGUUACCAAAACGAAAUCGGACCAGCCAAGUCAUCCAAUUUCUCUUUAUUUCUCUUCAAUUACGAUCUUGUCGUACAAUUUCUGCAUUGGUUGGUUAUUUGCAGACUCCACUAAGGAAUACCCCGGAAUAAUCAUUGGAGCUGAACGUUUCUUCGCAGUGGUGGAGGAAACAGUGGGGAAAUUCACCUUGAUGGAAGCAUACCUUUCCGUUGCCAACGGUGUUCGAUCUUCCAACUAUUACAAUACUCUGUCUGAGAAGCUCAAUUUGAAUCGAGCUUAUAUGCCUCUCAUGCAAAUCACAUACUUAAUCGAAAGAACCGAAGGGUCAAGAAACUUGAAGGUUCAAAUUAGUGGUGACAAGUUAGAUGUCAAGUUUUUGUCCGACUCCAUUAUCUUGAUCGAGAAGGCUGUCAAGUCUGGCACUCUGAUACAGGUUCAUUUUGACAAGAGAGUCCGUCGUCAAGCUACCCCGAAGGUGGUCAAGGACACAUCACCUCAAGAAGAAGUAGAUACCGCUGAAAGCCCUCUACUGACAUUUUUCAGUUCUAUUGAAUUAUUGUAUACGUUUGCCGGUUCGAAUAUCUUGUUGUAUCGUCUCAAUGAUGGCGAAGUAUCUACAUCUACUCCGUCAUUGUACCUUCAUUCACCAGCAAUUAAGAUUGCAACCAUGUAUAGACAUCAAAAGGACGCGGAAAGGAAACAUACCGUUAAAUGUCAGAUCUUAACAUCUCCCUUCGACAACACUUUGUAUGCAUCUUGUGUGCCUGUGAUUUUGGAUAUUGUUGAUGGGGUCAAACGAAUGAUGAGGAAUGACAAACCCGAUACAAAUGUAUCUGAUGUUGCUAUGGUUAAUACGGGGGGGACACCAUCAUCAGAAUUUGACUUUUCAGAUUUGUUGAAAGAUGUAGAUCUUCAUUUUGGAAUUAGAGUGGAACAACAGAAACUUUCGCUUAGUUGUGAACCUACAGCCAAGGUCGAGGCAGUGGUGAGUGUUGGAGGCAUAUCAUUCCAAGUGAAUAGUCUGACGGAUGACGUUACAUCCUUAGUCAGUAUCUUGCAAUUCGACUCAUUGAACUCAACGUUACAACAUGUCUAUUCCAGAGAAAUCAGUGGAUCUGUUGACGUGAAGAAUAUAUUACUUGUAAGUAAGAUAGACUUUGGAGAAGUCACGAAAGUUGUAUCUACAGGAUCUGUUUCAAAUGUCACUAGUUAUGUGAAUGUGAAGCAAUUCCAAGAUUUGAAUCUUUUCAAAGAUAUAUGGGUACCCAAGGAAUAUUUCGAGGAGACCGAAAGCGUGUAUGAAGAAGUGUUGGCCAUUGAUGAGGACCAUAUUUCCUCCACCAAGAACCUUUCAUCUAGAUUCAAGGAAGUUUCGACCACGUACGCAGUUCCGUGGGAAUUGACGUGCAUGAUUCUCGACGUUGCCUUGCAGGUUGACUUUGGCCAAUCUCUAGGAAAUGUCUCCUUGACCUCAAACAAGAUAUGGGCCAUUUCACAUAAAACUACUGAUUGGGCUCAGGAUUUGAAAAUUGGAGUGGAUAACGUUUCAUUGGUACUGAAGGGAAGAUUGGGAGGUUCAUUUGAUAUUAAGAAUAUCUUCUUACACACCUCAAUUUCUUGGAACGAUGGUGAGAAUGUUUUAGAUGUACCAUUGAUUUUGCUUGCUGGUAGUGUUGAGGCGUUGCAAUUGAAGGCGUCCUUUGAUUAUCAUGUGUUUGCCUUGGCCAGUUUGAAUGGUUAUUCGAUCGAAAUAUUCAACCAAAAGGAUGGAAUGUCCAUCUCCAAGGAUCAAUUGUUUAUUGCUACAAGGUUUGAUUCUGCAGAGAUUUAUAUCACUUCGCUUGCAGCAUCGAACGUGAUGGAUAUUUACAAUGCUAUCUAUAGAAUGGUUCAGGAGAAUAAGAAUUCAUACCGUGAGACAUUGAGAGACUCAUCGAGGGGUAAAAGCAUUGCCGGAGCGUCUAGAACAAAGAGCAACACUGGUGGUAACGUGACAAAGAAACUUGUAUCCAAGAUCGAAGUCACAGCGGGGUACUUUAUGAUUCAUGUAUAUCCGUCAUCAUUUGAUGAUUCUAAAGUGUUGGUAGUCAAGUUGGAUGAAUCUAAAAUCAACUUUACCGAAAGUGAGUUCCAAGAGGGUGUAUCAAACGAAUUGGAAGUACAAUUCAAUGGACUUAAGGUGUCAUUAUCUGUGACUGCGCCAUCUCUGGAAGAUUUUGUCAUGGACCUGUCAGUGGAUACAUUUGUAGACCAUGCACACCAGGCAAGAGGAGGUACGAUUUUUGUAUUCCCAUCUUUCAAGAUCUCGAUGAAAACCUUCCAGAAAUAUCAAUCCAAUGUUAUACAAUAUUAUUAUCAAUCGACAUUUGGAGGUGCUGUGGGGAUAAAGUGGAACUUGGGAUCAAUUACAUUCAUUCGAGAAAUGUACGCCAUCCAUUCCAAGGCUCUUGCCUCAAGACAGGGGUUCAAGAAGGGUGUGGUUGACGAGACAGAUGAAAGCAUCGUACGCUCAGAAGAAGCCCGAAGAAAAGAGGGCGAUAUGGAGAGCGGGAACUUUGACGAAACCAUCAAUGCUACUAUCGAUAAGGUAUCUGGAGACUCGAAAUAUGUGUACCAAGCACUUGCCAAACCAAUCAUUGAAGCGCCUCAAUUGAAAGACUUGGGGAAUGCUACACCUCCAUUGGAAUGGUUUGGAUUACAUCGUGAGAAAUUCCCAGAUCUUACCCAUCAAUUAGGGAUCACUAGUUUACAAAAAUUCAUCUCUGAGGUGGAGACACAAUACACCAAGGUAUUAGGGAAAGCGUAACUAUUAUUUAUAUCGCUAUUUAUAUACGUAUGUACAGGGUUUAUAAACCAUUAUUUAUAUGAAGGGGUGUAGGAGAAGGAGGAUGCAGAGGGAUGGAUAUGACUGGUGAAGAGGAGAACAACA